CAAGCUUGUAAAUUUGGUACUAGACCUAAUACCAAUCUGUCAAGCUAGGGCCCGAUACCAUACCAGGUCAAUCAAAUAGUUUCUCCAUCCCAUCCCAACCUGCUCCCAAACCAGUACAGUACUGUUAUAGUACGAGUAAUUCCGGGAAAUGUGUUCAGCCUAAGGAUAGGUGAAGAUGCAGGGUGAAGAUGGCAUAAAGAUGGGGGAGAAUAAACCGGUGGGUGCUAGGCACUAGUUAGUUAAUCCAGAACAGGAGGGAUCCAGGUCCCCGCAUAUACAAACGUCCAGAGUUACCUAUCAUGUCGCCCACCGAGUACAAAAUGGCUGAACCAGUUGAGGCAAUUGGCCAACCUGCCAAUGAUCGCAAUGAUAUCUUGGAAGUUGACUCCAGGGCUACUGAGAACGACUCUCUUUAUGGAUCUGAGCUCUCGAACUACACGGCCUCUCUCACAUCCUCUGUCGUUAACUACCGACAGGAAAAUGGUAGACGAUAUCACGGCUACCGCGAUGGGAAUUACCUCCUCCCAAAUGAUGAACAAGAGUCGGAACGGCUGGAUAUGAUUCACCACAUGCUGCUAACAGCCAUGGAGGGCAAAUUGUUUCUGGCACCGAUUUCAUCAGGCGUGAAAAAAGUGAUUGAUCUUGGGACCGGGACGGGAAUUUGGGCUAUCGACUUCGGUGAAAAGUACCCGUCUGCAGAGGUUAUUGGAAACGACCUGAGUCCUACCCAGCCAAGCCUUGUCCCUCCGAACGUCCGUUUCAUUGUUGAAGACUUCGAAGAAGAAUGGGUCUACCAACCCAAUUACUUCGACUUUAUACACGCUAGGUGGCUAGCCGGAUCCACUAAGGACUAUCUUAAGCUAAUAAAGCAGUGUUACAAACACCUUGCGCCUGGAGGAUGGGUUGAACUUCAGGAUUGGAACCCUAAGCCCUACUCGACAGAUGGAUCCUUGAAAGGCACUGCUCUGGAAAAGUACUAUGAUGAAGUUAUCAAUGCGUUCACUAAGACAGGAUAUGCCGUGAAUGUCGGCCCGUUUCUUGAACAGUGGCUUCGCGAAGCCGGAUUUGAGGAUAUUGUUGUCAAAAAAUUCUUGGUACCGAUUGGAACCUGGCCGAAAGAUAAAUACUAUAAAAAGAUCGGCACGUGGACUCUGCUCCAGUUUGAUUCCGGCGGGUUCGAAGCGGGUGCUAUGGCUGUUUUAACGAGAUUUUCGGGCUGGACAGAGGAACAAGUAAAAGAUCUUUCUGCUAAGGCCAGGAGUGACAUGCGUAACCGUAAUGUUCAUGGCAUGUUUGACUUUUAUGCCGUCUAUGGCCGAAAACCGGAAUGAAUCCACGACGUGGUGAUGCCGGGCUUAUGACUUGCUAAACAAAAUUUUGGAUUUGGGCAUCGAUGUUUCAAAAAUGCCCCAAUUGCACUCUUUUCUCCUAUUUAUGACGGUGCAGUUACUUUUGCGACGGUGGUCUAUCAUGUCUUCUAUAGACCAUAGGAUAACUGGAGGCAGCAAGAGUG